CUCCCUCCCGGUCUGUCUCGGGUUUCACUACCCGAGCGCUGCAGGUAGCGAGCAGCGCCGCGGUUUCCUCGCCACCCCGCCCCUCCCGCCUCCCCUGCCCACCCCUCCCCGCGCCGGGCUGGUGGAGGAUGCAGCGGCUGCCGGGGCUGCGUCCCAGGCAGCGGCCCCGGCGGCGGCGGCUGCGGUGGGGGUGGCCGGAACUCGGGUGGUGAGCGAGCGGCGGCGGCUGAGGGAGCGGCGGCCGCCUCGGCCGCUUCCCCCGGGCUUCCCUUCCUCCCGAGCGCAGGAAGUUUUCCGCGUCCGUGCAUGUGUGUGCGCGUGAGUGUGGGUGUGCGAGGCGAGCCCGGGGCGGCGUUUGUGCCGGCGCUGGGCUUUUUUUGCCCACUUGGCGCUCCGUAACGCAGGCGGCUCCGCGAGUCUGGGCUGUGGCCCGGGGAGGGGGCGCGGCGGCGGCGGCGGCGGCGGCGGCGGGCUCUCUCCUUUUGUUGUUGUUUCCUCCGCCUGGGGAGCUGAAGGGGGGACGCGCCUGGGUGGGGCGGCUCGGAGCCCGGGCCUGCUGGCCCCCGGGGCUCCCGGGCGGGCCGCGCAGGCUGAGCGCAGCGGGCUUCAACAUGAUGGCCGCCGAGGCCGGCAGUGAGGAGGGCGGCCCGGUGGCUGCCGGAGCCGGAGGCGGCGGCGGCGGCGGCGGCGCGGCCGCGGGCUCCGGUGCCGCCUACCCGGUGGUGUGUCGCGUGAAGCUCCCCGCGCCGCCGUCCCCCUGCCCCGGGCUGGUGGAGGCCGGGGCGCUGGGUGGCGGGGCCGCUGUGGGGUCGGGGUUCCUGGGGGCCGGGUCCGUGGCGGGGGCCCUGGGGGGCGCGGGACUGACAGGGGGAGGCGCUGCUGGACCUAGUGGGGACAUGGCCCUCCCCAAGGGGACCCCCUUGCUGCCGGCCGAGACCCUCGGGCCGGGCGGCGGCUUCCCGCCUCUGCCGCCGCCGCCGCCGCCUCUGCUGCCCCCGCUGGGUGCGGGUCUGGGCACGGUGGACGAAGGGGACUCCCUGGAUGGACCAGAGUACGAGGAGGAAGAGGUGGCCAUCCCGCUGACGGCGCCGCCGACUAACCAGUGGUAUCAUGGAAAACUUGAUAGAACUAUAGCAGAAGAACGCCUCAGGCAGGCGGGGAAGGCUGGCAGCUACCUUAUAAGAGAGAGUGAUCGGAGGCCUGGCUCCUUUGUACUUUCAUUUCUUAGCCAGACAAACGUUGUCAAUCAUUUUAGGAUUAUUGCCAUGUGUGGAGAUUACUACAUUGGUGGAAGACGUUUUUCUUCACUGUCAGACCUAAUAGGUUAUUACAGUCAUGUUUCUUGUUUACUUAAAGGAGAAAAAUUACUUUAUCCAGUUGCACCACCAGAGCCAGUAGAAGAUAGAAGGCGUGUGCGAGCCAUUCUGCCUUACACAAAAGUACCAGACACUGAUGAAAUAAGUUUCUUAAAAGGAGAUAUGUUCAUUGUUCAUAAUGAAUUAGAAGAUGGAUGGAUGUGGGUUACAAAUCUAAGAACAGACGAGCAAGGCCUUAUUGUUGAAGACCUAGUGGAAGAGGUGGGUCGGGAAGAAGAUCCACAUGAAGGCAAAAUAUGGUUCCACGGGAAGAUUUCCAAACAAGAAGCUUAUAAUUUACUAAUGACAGUUGGCCAAGUCUGCAGUUUUCUUGUGAGGCCCUCAGAUAAUACUCCUGGGGAUUAUUCACUGUAUUUUCGCACCAAUGAAAAUAUUCAGCGAUUUAAAAUAUGUCCAACACCAAACAAUCAGUUUAUGAUGGGAGGCCGAUAUUAUAACAGCAUUGGUGACAUCAUAGAUCAUUAUAGAAAAGAGCAGAUUGUUGAAGGGUAUUAUCUUAAGGAACCUGUACCAAUGCAGGAUCAAGAACAAGUACUCAAUGAUUCAGUAGAUGGCAAGGAAAUCUACAAUACAAUUCGUCGUAAAACAAAAGAUGCCUUUUAUAAAAAUAUUGUUAAGAAAGGCUAUCUUCUGAAAAAGGGCAAAGGAAAACGCUGGAAAAAUUUAUAUUUUAUCUUAGAGGGCAGUGAUGCCCAACUUAUUUAUUUUGAAAGUGAAAAGCGAGCUACAAAACCAAAAGGAUUAAUAGAUCUCAGUGUAUGUUCUGUCUACGUUGUGCACGAUAGUCUCUUUGGAAGGCCAAACUGUUUUCAGAUAGUGGUUCAGCACUUUAGUGAAGAACAUUACAUCUUUUACUUUGCGGGAGAAACUCCAGAGCAAGCAGAGGAUUGGAUGAAAGGUCUACAGGCAUUUUGCAAUUUACGGAAAAGUAGUCCAGGGGCAUCUAAUAAACGUCUUCGUCAGGUCAGCAGCCUUGUUUUACAUAUUGAAGAGGCCCAUAAACUCCCAGUAAAACACUUUACUAAUCCAUAUUGUAACAUCUAUCUGAAUAGUGUCCAGGUAGCAAAAACUCAUGCGAGGGAAGGGCAAAACCCAGUAUGGUCAGAAGAGUUUGUCUUUGACGAUCUUCCUCCUGACAUCAAUAGAUUUGAAAUAACUCUUAGUAAUAAAACAAAGAAAAGCAAAGAUCCUGAUAUCUUAUUUAUGCGUUGCCAGUUAAGCCGCUUACAGAAGGGGCAUGCCACCGAUGAAUGGUUUUUGCUCAGCUCCCAUAUACCGUUAAAAGGUAUUGAACCAGGAUCCUUGCGUGUUCGAGCACGAUAUUCUAUGGAAAAAAUCAUGCCAGAGGAAGAGUACAGUGAAUUUAAAGAGCUUAUACUGCAAAAGGAGCUUCAUGUAGUCUACGCGUUAUCACAUGUGUGUGGACAAGACAGAACACUACUGGCUAGCAUCUUGCUGAGGAUUUUUCUUCAUGAAAAGCUUGAAUCAUUGUUGUUAUGUACACUAAAUGACAGAGAAAUAAGCAUGGAAGAUGAAGCCACUACCCUGUUUCGAGCCACAACCCUUGCAAGCACCUUGAUGGAGCAGUACAUGAAAGCCACAGCUACACAGUUUGUUCAUCAUGCUUUGAAAGACUCUAUUUUAAAAAUAAUGGAAAGUAAGCAGUCUUGUGAGUUAAGUCCAUCAAAGUUAGAAAAAAAUGAAGAUGUGAACACUAAUUUAGCACAUCUAUUGAACAUACUUUCAGAGCUUGUGGAGAAAAUAUUCAUGGCUUCAGAAAUACUUCCACCGACACUGAGAUAUAUUUAUGGGUGUUUACAGAAAUCUGUUCAGCACAAGUGGCCUACAAAUACUACCAUGAGAACAAGAGUUGUUAGUGGUUUUGUAUUCCUGCGGCUUAUCUGUCCUGCGAUUCUGAAUCCUCGGAUGUUUAAUAUCAUCUCAGAUUCACCAUCUCCUAUUGCUGCAAGAACACUGAUAUUAGUGGCCAAGUCUGUGCAGAAUUUAGCAAAUCUUGUGGAAUUUGGAGCUAAGGAGCCAUAUAUGGAAGGUGUCAAUCCAUUCAUCAAAAGCAACAAACACCGCAUGAUCAUGUUUUUAGAUGAACUUGGGAACGUACCUGAACUUCCAGACACUACAGAGCAUUCUAGAACUGAUCUAUCCCGCGAUUUAGCAGCAUUGCACGAGAUUUGUGUGGCUCACUCCGAUGAACUGCGAACACUCAGCAAUGAGCGUGGUGCACAGCAGCAUGUACUGAAAAAACUCCUGGCUAUCACAGAACUGCUUCAACAAAAACAAAACCAGUAUACAAAAACCAAUGAUGUCAGGUAGCAGCCUUCACCCCAGUGUUCUGCAUGGAUUCAGCAUGUCAAUUCACGUCAGUAUAACGUCUCUUUUGCUCUUGCCAAAAAAACAGCACACCUUUCCACAUUCCAGUGAUGUGUGAACUAUGCAAACAGAACCCAAGAUGCUGCUGGUGAGUAACUGUGCCAGCAACUUGGUAAGCUACUGGUGCAGGGUAUCUGCACCCUUUCCACAUUUACCAACCUCUGAGCCUUGGUGUACAGACCACCAUACACAAAAUGCUAUGACUGCAUACUGAACUUGGAACAUAUAUUUUCCGUACAUCCAAUUGCCAAAGUUCUGCUGUCUCUUGGAAAAGACAAGCUAUGGACUCUGCUGACGAGAUUUAGAGUAUAACUGGAUUGCAGACUGUUCUCACUGUACCUUCUUCCUGAUUAGGAAUAUGACCAUUUGACUGUUCAAUGACUUUAUUUGUAUUUACAGUUUCCAGAGUUUGCCAUUAUAAUCGGAACAAUCUUUGCUGUAUACUUUUUUAAAAUACUGUGCUAUUUCUCUUGCUGAAACUGUUAAAAGAAAAUAUAUAAGAAUGGAUCUAUUGCUCAUCAGCUUUAUUUUUUAAACAUACCACUUAUUUUGUUGGAAUUGUCAAAUGCUUUUGUUAAAUGUUUACAACAGUAAAUAGUUUGAAUUCAAUAAAUAGUAUUGGUCAUUGUACUGAUCAACGCAUGUUAUCCAUUCAGCCAUUUUGCAAUUUACCUAUUUCCUUUAUGCAAAAAAAAAAUCUAUCAUGCUUUUGUGCUACCCUUUUUUCAUGCAGACAGCCUCAUCAGCCAUUUAACAACUGAUCCAUCAUCUCUGAAUUAGAUUACUUGGAUAUUUAGUUUGUAUAGUUUUAUUUACUUCUGUAUGUGUACUUUUGUGAAGUGCUUACAAGGGCUAAGUUAAAAUAAAACCAAGGGAUAUCUUGUAUACAUUUA